AUGACUAUUAAAGAUCGAUUUGUAAAUUGUUUUCGUUCAAUUAUACCAAGUAGCAAAGGAAAAAAUAAACAAAAAGAUGCUAGUGACUUUGAAAAUUUAAAAAAAGAAGUUACAAUUGAUGAACAUAAAAUAACAUUAGAAGAAGUUGUUGCACGUUAUGAAACAAAUAUUGAACAAGGUCUUUCAGCUGCAAAAGCUCGAGAAUUCUUAGAAAAAAAUGGUCCAAAUUCAUUAACACCUCCACGUGAAGUUCCUGAAUGGGUUAAAUUUGCUAAAUUACUUUUUGGUGGAUUUUCUGCAUUACUUUGGGUUGCUGCUAUUCUUUGUUUGAUUGCUUAUGGAGUUGGAGUCGGCUCAGAUCCAGAAACACCAAAAGAUAAUUUAUGGUUAGGUAUUGCGUUAUUAGUAGUCGUUUUUAUUACGGCAGUAUUUGCUUAUUAUCAAGAAUCAAAGGCGGGCAAAAUUAUGGAGUCAUUUAAGAAAAUGGUUCCACAACAAGCAGUUGUCAUGCGUGAUGGUCAGAAAACUGAAAUAUCUGCCGAAGAAUUAGUUGUUGGUGAUAUUGUCUUUGUUAAAAUUGGAGAUAAAACACCAGCCGAUAUUCGAGUAUUAUCUUCUCAAAGUUUCAAAGUUGAUAAUUCUUCAUUAACAGGUGAGAGUGAACCUCUAGCUCGAUCACCUGAUUGUACACAUGAUAAUCCACUUGAAACAAAAAAUCUUGCAUUCUUUAGUACAUUUGCUGUUGAAGGUUCAUGUACUGGUAUGGUUAUUCGAACAGGUGAUAAUACCGUUAUGGGACGAAUCGCUGCAUUAGCAAGUGGUCUUGGUAAUGAAAUAUCACCAUUAAAUGUUGAAAUUAAUCAUUUCGUUCAUAUUGUUACAGCUGUUGCUGUUGGUUUUGGUUUAAUUUUUCUUAUAAUUCUUCUUGCUCUUGGUACUCGUGUUUUACAAGCAGUAAUUUUUGUUAUUGGUAUCAUCGUAUCAAAUGUACCUGAAGGUCUUUUAGCAACAAUAACUGUCAUGUUAGCAUUAACAGCUCAACGUAUGGCAAAAAAAAAAUGUUUAGUUAAAAAUUUAACAGCUGUUGAAGCACUUGGUAGUGUAUCAACAAUAUGUUCAGAUAAAACUGGUACAUUAACACAAAAUCGUAUGACAGUUGCACAUUUAUGGCUUGAUAGUGGAGUUGUUAAUGUUAAUUUAUCACAUACACAUGAUGCUGAAUUAGCUUUUGAAAAUCCAGUACGUGAUCCAACAACAGGAGAAGAAAAAACACAAGUAGAUUCUAAUCGACCUGGUUACAAAGCACUUUUAAGAUGUGCUAUGUUAUGUGCCAAAGCUGUGUUUAAACCUGAUGAAGAAAAUAUGAGUAAACCACCUUUACAACGACUAGUUCAAGGUGAUGCUAGUGAAACAGCUAUACUUCAAUUUGGUGAAAUUGUUGCUGGCAAAGUUGAAGAAUAUCGUGCAAAAAAUAAGCGUGUUUGUGAUAUUCCAUUUAAUAGUGCAAAUAAAUAUCAAGUAUCUAUACAUGAAACUGAUGAUGAUGAUCAAAGACAUUUACUUGUGAUGAAAGGUGCACCAGAACGAAUACUUGAACGAUGUCAAACAAUUUUUAUUAAUAAUAAUGAAUACAAUUUAGAUGAUGAGUGGAAACAAAAAUUUAAUGAUGCUUAUAUGGCAUUAGGUGGUUUAGGUGAACGUGUUCUUGGUUUUUGUGAUUUACGUUUACCAUUAGGAAAUUUUCCAAGAGGAUUUAGUUUCGAUCCAGAUAAUGUGAAUUUUCCAUUAAGAGGUUUAAGAUUUUUGGGCUUUAUUACUAUGAUUGAUCCGCCACGGCCAGGUGUUGCAGAUGCUGUCGCUAAAUGUCGUACAGCUGGUAUUAAAGUUAUUAUGGUUACUGGUGAUCAUCCAAUUACAGCUAAAGCUAUAGCGAAAGGUGUUGGUAUUAUUACGUCGGACACAGCUAAAGAUUUGGCUGAACGUUUGAAUAUAUCUCCUAAUGAUGUUGAUCCAAGAGAUGUACGUGCAAUUGUUGUAUCCGGUACUGAAUUAGCAGAACUCUCAUCUCAACAGUUAGAUGAAGUAUUAACACUUCAUCGUGAAAUUGUAUUUGCUCGAACAUCUCCUCAACAAAAAUUGAUUAUUGUCGAAGGUUGUCAAAGACAAGGUUGGAUUGUUGGUGUAACAGGUGAUGGUGUCAAUGAUUCACCUGCUUUAAAGAAAGCUGACAUUGGAAUAUCAAUGGGUAUAACUGGUUCUGAUGUAAGCAAACAAGUUGCAGAUAUGAUAUUACUUGAUGAUAAUUUUGCAACUAUUGUUACUGGUAUUGAAGAAGGUCGACUUAUAUUUGAUAAUUUAAAAAAAGUUAUUGCUUAUACAUUUACUAAAAAUUUAGUCGAAUUAUUACCAUUUCUUGUUUAUGUUGUUGCUGAUGUUCCACUUGCAUUAAGUACAAUUACUAUUUUAUGUAUUGAUUUAGGUACUGAUAUAGUACCAAGUAUUUCAUAUGCUUAUGAAUUAGUUGAAGCUGAUAUAUUAAAACGACCACCACGUAAGAAAACAGAUAAAAUGGUAACAAGUCAAAUGGUUACACUUUGUUAUGGACAAGUAGCAAUGAUUGAAGCAAGUGGUGCUUUUUUUGCUUAUCUUGUUGUAAUGACUGAAAAUGGAUUUUGGCCAUCAAGACUUAUUGGUUUACGUGAAGCUUGGGAAUCAACAUCAGUUAAUGAUGUUCGUGAUAGUUAUGGUCAAGAAUGGACAUAUGAACAAAGACAUAACCUUGAUUUAGCUGCACAAACAGCUUAUUUUAUUGGUGUUGUUAUUUUACAAUUUGCUAAUUUAUAUGGUAAUAAAACAACACGUCGAUCUGUGUUUCAACAAGGAUUAUUUCGUAAUCGAUUUAUGGUAUUUGCUAUUAUAUUUACUGUUGCUCUUGCAUGUUUUCUUCUUUAUGUUCCAACACUUAAUCGUGCACUUAAUCUUAAUCCAAAUCGUUUUCUUUGGUGGUUACCACCCAUACCAUUCUUCUUCUAUUUAUUUGCAUUUAAUGAAGCAAGAAAAUUUUUUAUUCGAAAAUAUCCUGAUCGAUUUGCAGCACGUCAACUUACCUAUUAA